AAUAACAAAACGCCAUUUUCCGUGAACUUUUGUUUCUGCCGCAGAUUUGAUCCCACAAAUAUCGUGUUUGACUACAUAUCUGGAACGAGAAAAAUGUAAAAAUGGCCUGUGUGGCAUCACUUAAACAAGAACUUCAACUCUCAGAAUCAUUAUUCGGCAAAGAUAAUGAGAGAUUCCAGAUCCACGCUGCCACUAUGGACGAGUUGACAUGCAAGUUCAUUGGCUGCAACAAGGAGGAAUUUACCGUACAUUGUAAUUUCACAGAUUCGUACCCACAGACGAGGCCAGUAUGGUUCUCAGAAUCAGAAGAUCCAGUCUUAUCAACAGUGAUUCAACGUUUAUCUGAAAUCAGUGCAUCCGGCCAACUGCUCUUAAAGAUGAUAAGAAGGUUGGUCCGAGACCUUUGUAAACUUCAUAAUGUUCAAGAACCCUCCACAAUGUCAAUCUUAGAUCAAGAGCUACCAUCAGAGAAGAGUGAUGAUGACAUGGCUAGUGCAGAUGAAGAUGAUGAUGGGAUAGAUUAUUAUAACGGAGAUGAUGACGACGAUGAUGAAGAUGAAGAUGAAGAAGAAGAGGAAGAAGAAGAAACUGAUUGUAUGGAUCAUUACGAGAUGGAAGAAGAACCAAGUAAAUCAGUUACAGAGAAAGAUGACAAGGACAUAGAUGCAGAAAACUAUGCAGUACUGGAGAGACUAAAAUCCAACCAGAGAAGAGACUACUUAAAGGGCUCAGUAUCAGGGUCAGUGCAGGCCACAGACAGACUGAUGAAAGAGCUAAGAGAUGUCUACAGAUCAGAUGCUUUCAAGAAGAAAAUGUACUGCGUGGAGUUAGUCAACGACAGUCUCUAUGACUGGCACAUCAAAAUUCUAUCUGUUGACAAUGACAGUCCAUUACAUGCAGACUUAAAACAACUAAAAGAAAAAGAAGGGAAGGAUCACAUCUUGCUAAAUAUGACAUUUAAGGAAAACUUUCCGUUUGACCCACCGUUUGUGAGGGUGAUCUUUCCAGUGUUAACCGGUGGUUACGUCUUGGGUGGUGGUGCUAUCUGCAUGGAGUUAUUAACUAAGCAAGGUUGGAGUAGUGCCUACACAGUAGAGGCAGUCAUCUUACAAAUAGCUGCUACACUAGUCAAAGGCAAAGCCAGGAUACAGUUUGGUGCAUCAAAGCAGCGUCAGUAUAGCCUGGCAAGAGCCCAACAAUCCUUCAAGUCAUUGGUGCAGAUUCAUGAAAAGAAUGGCUGGUUCACGCCACCCAAGGAAGACGGCUAGCCCUACUCUCAAUGAUUCCUGAAAUAAAUGAACUAUCGACAACAUAUACAGUUUGCUUUAUUGCAAGCAAAGAAAACAAAGAAACCUAGAACCUAUAGCAUCCAUGGAGGGACUCUAAUGGAUAAAGACAUCUGUUGUUUUCUUCAUACACUUUAAAAGGGAGUCAUACAAAGAUAAAAGACUUUGGUUCUUUGAGAGUGUUCCACAACCAGAUGACAACCUUUUUUUUUUUUUAGUAAACUACGGCCAUUAUGUGCAACAUCGUCUGCCCAUGCAUGGAAUGCUGUCAGUCAAUGUUCCCCUAUCCCUGUGUCAGAAAUAUCCUGAGGUCUUAAGUGAAUUUCAGAAUGUCAAAGUGGGGUCUUUCCACACACAAUCUUUAAGGUAAGUUAAGGUAUUUCCUGAUAUCCUGGCAUCAUGUUAAUAUUUCAGCACAAUAUUAAUUGUUAAUGGAUCUCAUCAGUGAAGCCAAGGUAAUCUUCCGUAAUGAAGAUUUAAAGUUAAGCAGAUGAAAUUCCCAAGUUAUGAUCGAACUCAGGAGAACAUGUUGCUUGUGGAUUGGUAGUUGGGAUAUGAACCUUUAUUAUUUGCGUGAUACACAAUCUUACUUAAUGAUCCAUAGAUUGUGUGACACAGCAUAAGUCAAUAGGGACCUAGGCAUCUUAGUGAACUCGCUAUGUAUAAUGGGAUAAUCUUUAGAAUCAGGUGGUUACGUCUUAAGAUUCAAUAUGUUAUUUUGGGAGUGUAAUAUGUGAGCAGAAUCAACCCAUAAAUAAUCACUGGGGAUUGAUAAUUUAAUCAUUGACACAAAGUUAAAAUCAAGCGGUCGUAAUUUUGCUUCAAAAAAGUACAUCACAACUCAUUUCAUCAACACUCUAUCAAAACUUGUUGGCAAGUUUCAAUGGUGUUAAAACAAUCGGUUUGAAAUGUAGAACCCAAUGACUGAACUGUUGGUUAAGUAUGAGAAUUGAUAGAAGGUAACACGAUAAGAACUUAAAGGGUCUAUGUAACUUUUGUAGGGAAAAAAACACAAUGUCCACAGAUUUACACUAAACUUACACA